CAGUUGGUGUACUUGUCAAUUCGCCCAUCAUUCCUGAAGCAGCCCGGCCUGGAGCUGAGGCGAGAGCUCCGCCUCUUCUUCCUCCUCGCGACGCCCGCCUCAGAAACCAAUCACGCAUCCACGCCUCUCCUGUGGUGGUGAUGCGAGCAACUGUAGCUUCGGUCCGAGCCAAAGAAUCGCGCUUGGUGCUCUCCUCCGGUGGCUGGUGAUCCACCUGAGAAUCCACUGUAGCUUUCUCUGCUGUCGCUUGGGAUUCUUCCCCCGUCGUGGUGACUGUGACCAAGAAAUCGAUGCGAGUGGCGCCAAGAUUUCGCCGUUCGAGGAGGGGGGGCGUGCUCUAGUGCGGGGGAGCAUUAAUGGGCGGCGCGGCGGCGGUGCUGGUGGUGGUGGUUCUGUGCCUGGCGCUCGGCGGCGGCGCGGCGGGGGCGCGGCCGAGCGAGGUGUCCAUCGGCGCGCUCUACACCUACGACUCGGUGAUUGGCCGCGCCGCGCGGCUGGCCACCGAGCUCGCCGUCGAGGACGUGAACGCCGACGGCACGGUGCUGGCCGGGACCACGCUGAAGCUCAUCUCCCAUGACACCAACUGCAGCGGGUUUGUUGGAACCAUCGAAGCAUUGCAAUUAAUGGAGAAAAGCGUGAUUGCUGUCAUUGGCCCACAGUCUUCUGGAAUAGGCCAUGUUAUUUCACAUGUUGUUAAUGAGCUACACGUUCCUCUUUUAUCAUUUGGAGCGACUGAUCCAACUCUUUCAGCAUCGGAGUAUCCUUACUUUUUAAGGAGUACCAUAAGUGAUUAUUUCCAAAUGCAAGCUGUUGCUAGCAUUGUUGAUUACUAUCAAUGGAAAGAGGUGACUGCUGUUUUUGUUGACGAUGAUUAUGGGCGAGGUGGGAUGUCAGCCCUUAGUGAUGCGCUUGCAUUACAGCGGGCAAGAAUUUCAUAUAAAGCAGCGAUUCCUCCAAAUUCAAAUGUAGAAACGAUCAAUAAUGUACUGUUUAGAGCAAACAUGAUGGAAUCAAGGGUGUUUGUUGUGCAUGUUAAUCCUGACACAGGAAUGAGAAUAUUUUCUAUAGCUAACAAGCUCCGUAUGAUGGACAGUGGCUACGUCUGGAUAGUAACCGAUUGGCUAGCUGCUGUCCUGGACUCCUCAGGGGCUGGAGAUCUUAGAACCAUGAGCUAUAUGCAAGGAUUAAUUUUCCUCCGUCAACACUUUCCUGAUUCUGAAGCCAAGAAGAAGUUUGUAUCUAAAUGGAACAACAUGGCUCGUAAUAGGGGCAUUGCUUCUGGCUUGAAUGCAUAUGGUUUUUAUGCUUAUGACUCAGUCUGGAUAGUUGCCCAUGCUAUCGAUCAAUUUCUCGAUAGUGGGCAGCAGAUAAAUUUCUCUGCAGAUCCAAGGUUGCAUGAUUCAAAUGGCAGCGCACUGAGUUUCUCGACUCUUAAGAUAUUUGACGGUGGUGAGCAGUUGCUACAACAAGUUCUGCUCACAAACUUUACAGGCCUAACAGGUCAGGUUCAGUUUGAUUCAGACCACAAUUUGGUUCACCCAGCAUAUGAUAUCCAUAAUAUUGGCAGUUCUGGGUCACAUUUGGUUGGCUAUUGGUCUAAUUAUUCUGGCCUUUCUGUUACUACUCCUGAAAGUUUGUAUGAGAAGCCGGCCAAUACAUCUAUAAAUGCUCAGCAGCUGUCCAAUGUGGUUUGGCCAGGUGACCCUGCUUCUAAACCUAAGGGGUGGGUUUUCCCAAACAAUGGUCAGCCUCUGAGAGUUGGUGUUCCAAAUAAAGCAAGCUUUCAUGAGUUGGUAUCACGUUCUGCUGGUCCUGAUAAUGUGACUGGUUACUGCAUUGAUAUAUUCAACGCAGCAAUAAAACUGCUUCCUUACCCAGUUCCUUGCCAAUUCAUAAUGAUUGGGGAUGGUUCGAAGAAUCCUAACUAUGACGACAUUAUUAAUAUGGUUGCUACCAACUCCCUUGAUGCAGCUGUAGGUGACUUUGCUAUUGUGAGAAACAGAACAAAGAUUGCAGAAUUUACACAGCCUUAUAUUGAGUCAGGGCUUGUCAUAGUAGCGCCAACGAAAGAUGCAAAUUCAAGUGCUUGGGCAUUCCUUAAACCCUUCACACUAGAAAUGUGGUGUGUAACAGGUGCUCUUUUUAUUUUUGUUGGAAUAGUUGUUUGGAUCCUUGAACAUCGGACCAAUGAGGAGUUUCGAGGCUCUCCAAGACGGCAGGUGAUAACAAUAUUUUGGUUUAGUUUCUCAACAAUGUUCUUUGCACAUAGACAGAACACCGUAAGUGCACUAGGGCGGUUUGUGCUGAUAAUAUGGUUGUUUGUCGUGCUGAUCAUCAAUUCAAGUUAUACGGCUAGUCUCACGUCAAUUCUCACAGUCCAACAGCUUGCAACUGGAAUAACUGGGAUUGACAGUUUGAUUUCAAGUGCUUUACCUAUUGGAUACCAGGCUGGAAAGUUUACUAAAAAUUACCUGAUUGAAGAACUCAAUGUUCCUGAAUCUCGGUUAGUACCACUAAGCACAAUUGAUGAGUAUGCCGAUGCCCUUAAUCGUGGACCCAAAUAUGGCGGUGUUGCUGCAAUCGUUGAUGAGAUUCCAUAUAUUGAGAUCUUCCUGUCAUACCACUGCAACUUCAGAAUUGUAGGACAGGAAUUCACAAAGGAAGGAUGGGGAUUCGCAUUCCAGAGAGAUUCUCCUCUUGCUGCAGACAUGUCAACUGCCAUCCUUCAACUUUCAGAGAGUGGCCAGCUACAAAGAAUUCACGACGAGUGGUUCACACGGUCGAGCUGCAGCUCUGAUGACAGUGAUACGGGAGCAACCAGGCUUGGCCUUGGAAGUUUUUGGGGCCUCUUUCUUAUGUGUGCUCUAAUAUGUGUAUUCGCUCUCGUUGUGUUCUUCGCAAGAGUCUGCUGGCAGUACUACAAGUACUCAGGUUCUGAAGAUGCUCAUGAGCCCAGCGAUGAUUCUGCUGCCACCACCACAGGCCAAGACGAAGUUGCUGAAAUACAGCGGAGAAAACCAAAGCGCCUUGGUAGCUUCAAAGAACUGAUACAGUUUGUUGACAAAAAGGAAAAUGAAGUUAGGAGAUCGAUGAAGCGGAGACCAAGUGAAAAAGAUAAUCAGGCCAUGGGGUCUUCAGACUCGCAGUCAGUGCCUUAGCCAUGAAAUCGUCUUUCAGAAUUCAGCCUUCAGAUGACAAAGCUUAGUUCUGGACAUUGCAAGGUAUUAUGACAUACCGAGCAUUCUUGCACAGAAAGGAAAAACAUACUAAGUUAGUAGAUAAUAGCAGUAUACAUGUAGAAUCUAGAAAUCCAUUUUUCUCAGGAUUACUCUAUUUCCGUCUCAUAUAUACUUUGUAUGUGCUCAGCAAUUGUUUUCUUAUUUUCUUUUCUCAAUUGAUGAUGCCAGAAGCUGUGCAAUAGUGUAUCAUUUUUACAUGGAUUUGUGAAUUACUGAAUUGUCUAACUGGCAAUACUUAGUUGUGAUCAAUGUUGUAACUGCAUUAAUUUCCAAGCAAAAUGAGCUUCAUCAUAGUCCAUACUAUAUAUACUAGAAAAGGGACAA